AGAAAGGGGACGCUGCUGAUCAACAACGUCUUUGCCAUCCUCCCUGCCAUCCUGAUGGGAGUCAGCAAAGUGGCCCAGGCUUUUGAGCUGAUCAUCCUCUCCCGAAUGCUGGUGGGAGUCUGUGCAGGCAUCUCCUACAGUGCGCUUCCGAUGUACCUGGGAGAACUGGCUCCCAAGAACCUGAGAGGCACACUGGGAACAAUGACUGAGAUGUUCGUCAUCAUUGGGAUCUUCCUGGCCCAGAUCUUCAGCCUGCAGGCCAUCCUGGGCAAUGCCACAGGCUGGCCGGUGCUCUUGGCUCUCACGGGGGCGCCCGCGCUGCUUCAGCUCCUCUCUCUGCCCUUCUUCCCGGAGAGCCCCCGCUACACCCUGAUUCAGAAAGGAGACGAGGAGGCCACGCGGCAAGCGCUGGGGAGGCUGCGAGGUCGCGGCGCCGACGUGGAGGCCGAGAUGGAGGACAUGCGGGCGGAGGAGCGCGAGGAGCGGGCCGCGGGCCGCCUGUCAGUGCUCAGCCUGUUCACCUUCCGGGCCCUGCGCUGGCAGCUCGUCUCCAUCGUGGUGCUCAUGGCCGGCCAGCAGCUGUCGGGGAUCAACGCGAUCAACUACUACGCAGACACCAUCUACACAUCCGCUGGCGUGGAGGCCGCGCACACCCAGUACAUAACCCUGGGCGCGGGCGUCGUCAACAUGGUGAUGACCAUUAUCUCGGCGGGCACCGUGGAGCGGCUGGGGAGGCGGCUCCUCCUGCUGGCGGGCUAUGGCAUCUGCGGCUCCGCCUGCCUGGUGCUGACUCUGGCGCUCGUCUUCCAGAGCACCGUCCCAGAGCUGUCUUACCUGAGCGUCGUCUGCAUCUUCGCCUACAUCGCGGGACAUUCCAUCGGGCCCAGUCCUGUCCCCUCGGUGGUGAGGAUGGAGAUCUUCCUGCAGUCCUCCCGGCCGGCCGCGCUCACGGUGGACGGGGCUGUGCACUGGCUCACCAACUUCGUCGUGGGCUUGGUGUUCCCGUCCGUCCAGGAGACCAUCGGAGCCUACAGUUUCCUGGUCUUUGCUGGCCUCUGCCUCCUCACUGCGGUUUACAUCUAUGUGGUUAUUCCUGAGACCAAGGGGAGGACGUUUGUGGAGAUAAACCAUAUUUUCGCCAAGAGAAAUGGAGUGGAGAUUCCAGAGAUCACAGAAGAAGCAGCUGGGGUUGGGCCUCAUGUACCCUCUGUGCCUGCCAAGGAGACCUCCCUCUAG